AUGCCAUACUCGAAUUAUUUUGACAAUCCAUAUCUCAGCGAUGUCUUCGAUCCAGGUCCCGACUACACAUUGAACACGUUCUUCGACUCGGACAACUUCUUCAGUCAACCGACCACAUCUAUCGAGGGCGCUUCGAAUACCCAACCCAAAUCCCAAAGGACAGCAGCCUCAAAGUUGCCGGCGACUAUACCGCCAUCCUCGAGCCAUCAACAGCCCUACCCGCAAACUUAUAAUCAACCACAAUUUGGGCAAUUCGAACAAUAUAGGGGUGAUUUCUCAAUACAUCCCACACCACCACAAGCCGGCGAGCAAGAUUCCUUCUCUCCUAUAACAACUGCAACGACAUUACAUUCCUCAACACAAUCAAGCGACGCACCACACCAAGCCGUCUCCCCGUCGCUAAGUCCCCAUACGCUAAAGCGCGAAUCACCAUCGUCGCCUGCAUCAGCGUCGGAGUCUUCGACACCGAAACGACCAACCAGGAAGCGGGGUCGCCCCAGGAUGAGCCGCAGUAGUAUCGACAGCCAAUUUGCUGCAACAUCGCCUACUCUAAAAAGCCAGACUUCAAGGCGCCAGCCGCACAAUCAGGUCGAACGCAAGUACCGUGAGGGGCUCAACUCGGAGCUCGAAAGAUUACGGAGAGCGGUGCCUUUGCUUCGGCAAAAUGACGGAACAAGUGCAAUUGGACAACCGAAACCGAGCAAAGCGACGAUUUUAGCAACCGCAAUUGAUUACAUCCAGGCGAUUGAGAAAGAGAGGGAUGCGCUAAAGGCAGAGGUCGAGCAAUUACGGCGAGAUCAAGUGGGCAUGCUGCGGAAUCCAGAUGGGAGAAAUCCGUCUCUGGAUGAAUAUCUCAUGGAUUCAUAG